AUGCACCGUAUCGCUCCAUCGGCGGCCACCGACUACCGAAUAUGGAGUCACCGUGGCAAUGCUAAUUCUAUGCAACCGCAACCGCAGCCGCAAGGUCUCAUAGUGGAAACGGGCAAUGGCGCCAGCGUACUGCAACUGCCCGCGACGACCCUAGAGCAAAUACGUCACAUUGCUGGGGACCCGGGCGCUUCCACGCUACGUCUGCCUCCACCCGCCAGCGAGCCGCCGGCGGGCUCGCGGGAGCUCGACUUCGAUUUAUGCUACGUGUGCAAGCACUGUAAAGUGGCAUUUCCAUCGCCUGCUCCACUCCAGGCCCACCAGGCGCGUUCAUGUUACGUGGGGAGAGAGGCGGCGCGUGGACUCAUCCGAGUCGUGCAACCGGCGCUUGAAUGCCGUACAUGUCCCGGCGAGCGCUUCCGCACGACUGCCGAGUUUCGCCGACACGCUGAAGGGGAGGCACAUGCGCGACGACUAGCACCGCCACCUAUGGUGCAACAACCCGAACCGCUAACGCACGAGAUGGAGGACGUCGUCAACCAGAUCACGCUGCUGGCGGCUCGCGCAGCGCAGGACGCGUCCACGCCGAAGGACCCCAACGUGAACUUCUGCGCACCCGGUCCGCGCUUCCCACCACCCGGCGAGAUGCCUCUCGCCAGCGCUGGCCACUAA